UCAAUUUCAAAAACCUCUCAAGAAAAGUCAGGCUCUAGCUUGCAAUAUGAGCCAUAUGAUCCUCACCAAGAGCCUAAAGAAAUGUGUGAUAGGAAUUCGAACAGUAGUAACCAUAAGUGGGGAUGUUUAAAAUUCUCCAAAGAUGAGACUACUCUGAAUUAAGAAUACUCUAGAAGCAAAGAAGACACAUAGUGUUGAAUACGAACAGCUGGACCAACAAUCAGUGCAAAAGGAAAGGAAAACAAGGGAGGAAGAAGUCAAACAAGAAGAAUUGAGAAUCGACCAAUCUUUAGGAUCAAUAGCCCCUAUAUUCCAAAGAGCUAUCCCUUCUACAAGAAUUCUCGAGCAGAAUUCAUUAGCUGUCUCUCCUUUAGUAAUAUCGAGACCUAAGCCAAAAAGUGGAAGAAGACGAAUAACAUUUUCUCAGCAAGGCUCAAGACCUUUUCAAAAAAUUAUAGUAAAAUAAAUCUUCUCCAAAAUCAAAGGUCCGUGCAAAAGUUUGUAGAAGUUUAAACAACACAAGAAGAGGAAGGCAUAUUUUCUCAAGCCAGAAUAGGAUUAAAAAAUUUCUUUCAAAGAACUAGUAUAAAAAAUGAUGUAAAACCUCAAAGCCUCUCCCUAGCUUUUAAGCCAAGUACGACUAAAUGACAAACAAGCAUGCUUGACAAAAGUUGGAGCCAAACUUUCAGUUCAGCCCAUUUUCAUAAAUAGAAAAUCACGACCUGAAAAACCAUUAUACAGCCUAAGAGACGAAGGAAAUAGAGUAAGCCUAGUCAAGAGAAAGAUGGAAAGCCUUUGGGAUAACUCUAUCUGCCAGCCAGAAAUAAAAUGGAGCUUAGUCAGAAACCUUUACAAAAGUCAGAGCCGUACUUCUUUAUACAAGAAACUUAAAUAAUGAGAAAAAGCAAGAGAUAAUCAACCACGAGGAACUUUUCUUGUAUUAUAACCAGAUUAGUACCCAGAUAUAUUUGAUAAAGAAAGAACUUAGUGAGCCCCAUGUAUUUGACAUUAUGGAUAAAGAAAUUAAAGCGAAUCAAGAUAUAGACGAUUCAGGACAAGUAGGAAUGGAUGAUAACGAGACGGAAUCGUCCAGAGCUCCUCAACCUCCCAAUCCUCCUAUUCCAGAAGUAUCUCCUUGCUUGAAUGAAAGUAAGGACAUUUUCUUGGAAACUGAUUCUGAAAGCCAAGAAUCAAUGGACUUGAACAGGCCUGUAAGUUCUCUCCACAUGGAACAAAAAUAUGCGAAAAUUAUGGAUCAAUGAUCAAAAAUCGGAAAAAUGGGACAGAAAAUUAGAGCUUUACAAGAGAAACUACGAGAAAGAACCAAUUUGAAAAUGAAAUCAGACAAUGUUGAAUGGCUCAUCAAGGACUAUAAGCUCUCAGUAAUGAUGAUGAGAAGUCUCCAUGAUAAAUAAAAUACAGGACCUUUCUACCAACCCUCCUCCAGAUGCCCCUAAAAACAUCAACAGUAAAUCCAUCCUAGCCAUGAAAAACAAGUUAUUAAUGCUUGACAAAAGAGUAAUAGAAAGAUUGAUCAAAGUUCGCCAAGGCCAAAACAAGUCAUAACUAACCCCCAACCCCCACACAAAGCCCAGUCCCUAAACCUCAAUC